AUGACAACUGUAAUUAUAGGAGGGGGUAUAAUUGGAGUCUCAAUCGCAUACUAUCUCUCAGUCAACAAGCCAGAAAGCGAGAUUCACAUCAUUGAGCAGUCACCAGAACUGUUCAGUUCAGCCUCUGGAUAUGCAGGCGGCUUUUUAGCACGCGACUGGUUUGACCCAGCACUUGCUUCCCUCGGAGCCCUUUCAUUUGACUUGCACCACCAGCUUGCCGCGGAGCACGGCGGUGACAAGAAAUGGGGGUUUAUGAGAGGAACUGCAUUCAAUCUGGACACUGUGUCCAAUCAAACAUGCGGUGGUGCACGUGGAGAUGAUUGGGUGCACGAGGAUACCAGUCGUGCGGAGACAGCGGCUGCUAUACGUCCCAUACCAGCUGAAUGGCCGGCUUGGUUGACGAAACAACAAGGAGGUAUCCUUGAGCGAAUUAGUGAGGACGAAACUGUGGCCCAAGUAGACCCGUUGAGGCUGUGCCGCUUUCUUAUCAACGAGGCUGUCUCGCGAGGUGUCAACGUUCAUAAUCCAGCCAAGGCAGUGGCCAUCAUAAAAGAUGACGAUGAGAUUAUUACUGGCAUUAAAAUUAAGCAUUUGGAGUCGAAGGAAGAGUCAAUGAUCCAAUGUACGAACUUGGUCCUGAGCGUAGGCGCAUGGACACCGCAAGUUCUUCGGGAGCUUUUCCCCUCUAAUGAAACCUCCUUUGAUCUCUCCCCUCUGGCCGGGUAUUCUUUGGUUGUCCGCUCACCACGACAUACACUGGACCACGAGAAAACUACUUAUGGUGGGCGAAGUCAUGCAAUUUUUACCACUCAUCCACCAUCGUGUGGAUUCAGCCCAGAGAUCUUCACACGGGAAGGUGGUGAAAUCUACAUUGCAGGUUACAAUCCCCAUUUAAAGCUUCCAUUAUGCGUGGAAGACACACAUGAACUUCGUGAUUCGGCGAAAUUACAGAAACUGAAAGAUGUUGCGGUCCGCUUGCUAGGUAAUCUCCCAAAUGACUUGCCAGAUUCUACCAAUGGUGUGAACAAUAAAGACGAUCUGGAAAUUCUCCGUGAGGGUCUUUGCUUCCGGCCCGUUGGUGAGGAUGAUAUCCCCACGGUUGGACGAAUCAGAGAUGCGGCUUUGGGUGACGGUCUGCGUUCUUCUGCUAGAGGUGGUGUUUACAUUGCUACAGGACAUGGACCAUGGGGAAUCACUUUAUCUCUAGGAACUGGAAAGGUGGUCAGUGAGAUGAUCAUGGAACAGCUCAGCGGCGCCACUCGAGCUCUCCAGAAACUUCAGGCAUCCGAUAUCAUCGAGCAUUUGUCCGCUCCGUGUCCCGUUCUUCUCUCACCGAUCGCAACCUUACCUCUCAUCCCUGACACCACUCUCACAGUCAGCGCGACAUCAUCUCUAUACCGACACACAAUGGCCAACUACCUCGCGUCUAUUUUCGGUACCGAGCAGGACAAGGUCAACUGCUCCUUCUACUACAAGAUCGGCGCAUGCCGACACGGCGACCGAUGCUCUCGCAAACAUGUCAAGCCCUCCUACUCGCAGACUGUCCUCAUGCCGAACAUGUACCAGAACCCGGCCUACGACCCCAAGAACAAGAUGAACCCCAGCCAGUUGCAGAACCACUUCGACGCCUUCUACGAGGACGUGUGGUGUGAGAUGUGCAAAUACGGUGAACUCGAGGAACUGGUCGUCUGCGACAACAACAAUGACCAUCUGAUUGGAAACGUCUACGCCCGAUUCAAAUACGAAGAAGACGCACAGGAAGCAUGCGACACUCUCAACUCACGCUGGUACGCCGCAAGACCCAUAUACUGCGAGUUAUCGCCCGUCACAGAUUUUCGAGAAGCGUGUUGUCGUCUGAAUAGCGGCGAAGGAUGUGUGCGAGGCGGCUUCUGCAAUUUCAUCCAUCGGAAGGAUCCAUCAGCGGAGCUUGAUAAGGAUAUGCGACUCAGUACAAAGAAGUGGUUGAAGGAGCGUGGUCGCGACCCGCGGAGUGCUACCCGGAGCCCGAGCCCUGAGCCUACUCGGCGGAGAGGCUAG